UUUGGAAUCGCGAUCUGUUUGAACGUACUAAAUGUCUUUGAAAAAUAAUAUUCGGCGGCGUAUCUGCUGAGUGCCUUUUGUGUGGUGCCAACCCCCUGUGGGCACUGACAGCUGUUGGGCUGAGGACUUGCCACCGCUUCCUCCUCCACCACACCCGGCUUCACUACCACUUCAUGAUUGCAACGCUCAUUUUUUUAAUUGUCUGAAACUAAAGCAAUUUUUUAAAAAAAGACACGUCCACCUUCCGAUUUCAAUUUGCUGUGAGGUUGGGAUGGAGACAUGUCUGCGAAUGAAUGGCGAUGGGGCUUGAUUUACAACAUGCGUAAUAACUUGGAGUCACAAGGAACUGCAGAUGCUGGAAUGUGGAGCAAACCAAGGAUUAUUCAGCAAAAUAAAGAAACACAAGCAAUCUUGAGCAAAACACAAAGGGCUGGAGUGACUCAGCGGGUCAGGCAGCAUCUGUGCAGCAAAGUUCCAUACGAUGUCUAAUGUAGGUGAUAUCUGCCCCCAUUUGGAUUCCGUAGGAGAAAUCACCAGAGAGGAGCUAUUGCAAAAAUCAAAGGGAACAUGCCAAUCCUGUGGAGUUGGUGGACCAAACCUAUGGGCUUGCCUUCAGAAUGGCUGCUCCUAUGUCGGAUGUGGGGAAUCGUACGUUGACCACAGCACAUUACAUUCACAGGCUAAGAAACAUAAUCUGACAGUGAACCUAACUACCUUUCGAGUUUGGUGUUAUGCCUGUGAGAAGGAAGUGUUCCUGGAACAGCGACCUGUUGUGCCUAGUCCAUCAAGCAGAUCAACAGAGCAGGACUCUGGCAUAUCACUUCGAAAUCAUCCAUUCAAAAUUGUUCCCAUUGCUGUUGCAGAUGAAGGAGAAUCAGAGUCUGAGGAUGAUGAGUUAAGACCAAGAGGGCUUACUGGGAUGAAGAAUAUUGGAAACUCUUGCUACAUGAAUGCUGCACUGCAAGCUUUGUCCAACUGCCCACCUCUCACCCAGUUCUUCUUGGAAUGUGUAGGUUUGGUUCGUACAGAUAAAAAGCCAGCUCUUUGCAAAAGUUAUCAGAAGCUUAUCUCUGAGCUAUGGCACAAAAAACGUCCCAGCUACGUUGUUCCUACAAGUCUUGCCCAUGGCAUUAAAUUGAUCAAUCCUAUGUUCCGAGGUUAUGCACAGCAGGAUACACAGGAAUUCCUCCGUUGUUUGAUGGAUCAGCUCCAUGAAGAGCUUAAGGAACCCUUGACAGAGAGAGACUGCGACUCCUCGAGUGACACAGAGGAAAAACGAGACGGUGACAGGAGUCCUUCGGAGGACGAGUUUCUCUCCUGUGACUCUGGAGCAAGCAGCGACAAAGGGGAAGGGGAAAACAGGAGCAAAUGUUCUUAUGAGAAGCAGAUUGAAACGGAGCUGCUGAUCCAGAAUGAAUGUGGAAAAGGAAUUUCAGAAAAAGAGAGGCAAAAGGAUAGAAAAUUUUCAUGUGGGCACCACAGGCUGGGAUUAGUGGAUGCAAUUGAUGAAGAUGCAGAUGUAGACACGUCUUUGAGUUCAGGAGAUGCUGGAGGCUCUGGCGAUGCCCGAACUACCAUGGUCUCUAAUAGUCCUUGCAGAACACCAGAACCUGACAAUGAUGUAAACAUGCGUCGCACAUCACGAUCAUGCAGCCCUAUCCAUCAAGCACUUCAUUCCAAGUUGUCCAGCACCCCACCUCGAUCGAGUCCAAUGCGGGCAGUACCACCGUAUUCCCUCAAGAAAGCCCAACUUCUGUUGUCCAACAAGAAGAAAAAGCAACCCAAGUAUCGCAGUGUAAUUUCUGAUAUCUUUGAUGGGUCAAUAUUGAGCCUAGUCCAAUGUCUCACCUGUGACAGACUUCUUUGUGUGGAACACGGAUUAUUGGAAUACUUUAACCCUGGAUUGAAAAGAGCCACAUGUUAUCAAAUGGCAGCUGUGAUAAACAAGAUUUCUUCCACAGUGGAAACAUUUCAAGAUCUGUCUUUGCCAAUCCCUGGUAAAGAGGACCUGGCCAAAUUACAUGCAUCCAUCCACCAAAACCUACCUGUGAAAAGUGGCACCUGUAGUGAUGCCUAUUCUACACAAGGAUGGGUAGCAUUCAUUAUGGAUUAUAUUAGAAGAUUUGUCGUGUCCUGUAUCCCAAGCUGGUUUUGGGGUCCUGUUGUAACAUUAGAAGAUUGUUUAGCUGCUUUCUUUGCCGCUGAUGAACUGAAAGGUGACAACAUGUACAGCUGUGAAAAAUGCAAGAAGUUAAGGAACGGAGUCAAGUACUGUAAAGUCCUUAAACUUCCAGAGAUUCUGUGUGUUCACUUAAAACGCUUUCGACAUGAAGUUAUGUAUUCCUUUAAAGUAAACAGCCACGUAUCUUUCCCACUGGAAGGUCUUGAUCUUCGACCCUUUCUCUCGAAGGAGAGCCCUUCCCAAAUUACAACUUAUGAUCUUUUGUCUGUUAUUUGUCAUCAUGGGACCGCAGGCAGUGGUCACUACAUAGCCUAUUGCCAGAAUGUAAUUAAUGGUCAAUGGUAUGAAUUUGAUGACCAAUAUGUCACAGAGGUCCACGAGACAGUUGUACAGAACGCUGAGGCUUAUGUCCUUUUCUACAGAAAGAGUAGCGAAGAAGCAGUGCGUGAGAGACAAAAGGUUGUAGCUUUGGCAAACUUGAAGGAACCCAGCCUCCUCCAGUUCUACGUCUCCAGAGAGUGGCUAAACAAAUUCAACACAUUCACUGAGCCAGGCCCAAUCACGAACCACACCUUCCUUUGUGUACAUGGAGGUAUUCCUCCAAAUAAAUAUCAUUACAUUGAUGAUCUGGUAGUGAUUCUGCCCCAAAAUGUGUGGGAAUAUCUUCAUAACAGGUUUGGAGGUGGCCCUUCUGUGAACCAUUUAUACAUCUGUUCCACUUGCCAAGUAGAAAUUGAGGCAAUUGCUAAAAGGAGGAAAAUGGAAGUAGACACUUUUAUAAAGCUAAACAAAGCGUUCCAGGCUGAGGAAUCUCCCGGUGUUAUAUACUGCAUUAGUAUGCAGUGGUUCCGCGAGUGGGAAGGUUUUGUUAAAGGCAAAGAUAAUGAACCUCCGGGUCCAAUAGACAACAGCAAAAUUGCGGUAAUUAAAAGUGGUCAUGUCCAACUUAAACAAGGUGCUGAUUACGGUCAGAUUUCCGAGGAAACCUGGAACUACCUGUUUACUCUCUACAGCGGUGGACCGGAAAUUGCCAUGCGGCAGAAUGUCAUUCAAGCUGAUUUGGACAGUCCCCAGGGAGAGCGGAAAAUAGAAGCCGAAACCCGUGCUGUGUGAUGAUAGCACGGGCUUAAAAUAACUGGUUGAAAGAUUAUGAUACUGAGCUGAAGGUUGUGAAAACUGCAACUUUUGCACCUGUGAUGAAUCUAUGUGAGCACUUUGUAAUUUAACUGUAGAAAUUAUCUUUUUUUUAAACAAAACAUUUUAUUUCUUCUUGACUAAUUGUAUAGCUAAAUCAAAAGAGUGCUUGGCAUUAUACACUGUAAAGUAAAGUGCUAUGGGACCAUUAUAAUGCUAUACCAGCCUAAACAUGACUGUAUUUCUUUAGAGGCUACAUUUUUGUCUAUAUAAUGUGUAUCGAUAAAAGUUCAUGUGUUCUGUUAAGCAGGCCAGUCAUUUUUAUUUUUAAAUGAGCCGAUGCCGCAGACCUAUGACACAUGCAACACCCAGCUGAAGUGAUCUUGAACCUGGCACAUUAAGUGAAUUCUUCACAUGGAAGAUUUUGUUUGAGAAUAUUUGGUUGAUAACUGUACAGUGAAGAAAUGGAAAGUGGUAAUCUUGUGACGAUAAUUGACAGCUGUGUAAGAAAUAACACAGAAGACCAGUGUGGACACAAGAAACCGCAGAUGUUGGAAAAUGAUCAAAACACAAAGCGCUGGAAUAACUCAGCAGGUCAGUCAGCAUUAGGCAACAUCAAUGUUUGCGUCUGGACCUUCAGUCUGAACAAAGGUCCUGACCUGAAAAGUCAUCUGCCCAUUCCCUCCAUAGUUGCUGCCUGACCGGCUGAGUUACUCCACCACUUUGUGUUCUGACAGAAAAACAGUGAUCAGGUCAGCUGCAGAGAACUACUUCUCCUCUCUUCAGUGUGAUCUUAAUAAGCUUCAUGUAAUUUGGUGCCAUGAGCUUUCUACUGAAAAGUGGCUGUAUCGGCUUUAUGCAAAAAUAACAGGCAAAUUUGCCUUAAAAUGUCAGCUGAAUGCAUUGUUCAAGCUGUUGAAAAUGUUGCUUUGUUUCACUUUAACCUAAGCAGCAGCAAUGGAUUUCUUAAGCAAACAUGCAAUUAUCAAUUUUACUUGCUACUUGUUUUUGCCAUUUCUAUGCAUCACUUCUUAUACCUUGAGCGACAGGCAGCUCUCCAUGAGUGCUGCUUUAUGACUGGAGUUCAGGCUUGUAAGAGUUUGUGAGAAGGUAAGCUUGUUCUGAUUGUAUAAUUUAAAUUUUGUUUUUCUUAAAGUAAGCAUUAUCGAAAAUCUCUCACUAUAAUGCAUAGAAGAUCAGGAAUUCUUCAGAACAAGCUGCUUGCUUGCCAAAAGUUUAAAACGGUUCUCUAGGGAACAGCAUACAAUUUAAAUUAGCAACAGAAUUCUGCCUGAAAGAGCAAUUGGAAGGAACCACAGUUCCACAAUUCCAAUUAAUUAAAAAGAGCAACCAUGUUUAGAAUAAGCACAGAUCUCGAAAGUAGCAAUUUAGAAUUAAGAUGUGGGAUUCGUGCUGUCUAGAUUGAUAAUAAACUGCAAUAAUAUGUUCAAACUCUAUGUACAAGUUGUUUUAAGGCUGGUAUGGCAGCCCAGAAAUAAAAUGAGGAGAAAUUUCUUCCCAGCUAGGGAUAAUCCUUGGAAUUUUCUGCACCACAUGUUGUAGAUGCACAGGCCAAGGGUAUGUUCAAUAUUGAGAUUAUUUUUUACACCACGGGAUUUGAGAAAUACGGGGAAAAGAUUGGAAAGUAGAAUUUGAGUAGAUCUCAUUGGUAUGAUCUUCGCGAAUGUGAACCAAACCCAAAAGACCACUUGUUAUACUCUUCUUGACAAGUCACUGGUUGUGUUUGAAUGGGCAGGUUGGUAUGCAGACUUGCCUUGAAAUGUAAUUGGUAUCUGAAGCAGUCACUAAAGAUAAUCAUUUUAGAAAAAUCAAACAUAACCAUUGAUAGUUGCUCAACUCAUAAUUCAAGCACUAAAUUUUGAUUUUGCUGUAUUUCUUUGUUUAACUGAAAUUAUUGGAUCUGUUAUUUUAAAUAAUAAAUUAUCAGAGUACUGAAUUGCUAAAUUGUAGGAUCUUGUGUGAAUUAGUGAUAAUUCAGAAAUUGAUGUGCACUGUUCACACAUAUAUGAACCAAUUCCAGGUUGCAUCAGGCAGCUGACCAGCUAAUUAUAACAUUCUCAUUGUUGGGUUUAUAUGACAGAGUGUGCAAUGAAGAACUAUAAAUUUGGUCAUUCUUAUCAUUAAAAAACAGGGAGCUUCUUCCUAUUUAAUCAGCAAUAAAUGUCCUAACAUCGGAAUAAACUGUUUUGAAUGUAAUGUUUGGUUUUGCCUGACCUAAACGGAUCUACAUUCUGUCUGACAGAAUAUAUUUGGUUAAAAAGGAAAUGCACAGUUCUUUUCAGCACAGUCCUAUUAACUUACAUUGUAAAGAUGUUGAUGGAUGUCUACAGUCUCUCCCCCACGAGCAGGAAUUCAGAUAGUGGUAAUAUUAAUCUGCUUUGGUAAAGUUAUUCCUUUUGUUCAGAUUCUAUCUGCAUACUUAAAUCUGCCUGAGAGGAGGGAGUAGGCAGAAGGCAUUGGAAAUCAAAUUAGAAAUGUUUGUAGAGCAAGCAUACCAGUAAGUUGUGCCUAUGUAAAAAAAGAGACAUUGGUUUCUGAUAAACUACAAUUUUAAACAGCUGGUGAGCAUUUUCAAUUAUCUUUGAAUUUUCUUCACUUCAAAUGUUACUAGAUGUUAGAGCUGGUACUACAUCUUUCAAAAAAAAUAAUUUGGAUGGUUCAAAUAUUCUGGUCCAAAGUUUCUAGUCCACUUUACUUUUUCUCAAUACCAGAAUGCUACCAAUGUGUAAUUGUAAAACAGCCCUGAUAUUCCGCCCAUGCAGAUGGAGUUAUUUCAUACUUAAGUUGUCAAAUUAUUUUCCCCGCCCACAAAAGGAAAAUGCAUGGUUCUGUAUUUCCCCAAGUAACUUGUUAACAAAAAACAAUUAUGUUUUGAAAGGGAAUCUAGAAAUUGAGCGAAGAUACGGUGGGGAGAGUUGUUGAUGGUUGGAAGAGGUUGGAAACCCAUCAACAUUUACAUAUUUGUGUUUAAAUCAAAUAAUAAUAGAUUCACCUUGCCUUUGCUCAGAGUUGUAAUUUAUGAGGGACAUUACCAAAGUCAUUUUAAAGAGCUGAAAAAUUUACAAAAUCGCGUUCAAACAUUUUAAGAUGCAGAAAUAGUUAAGUGUAAAGCAUGCUGCAUGCAACGUGUAAUGUAUUGAAUCAUUUACAAAAUGUGAGACCUACGUGUGCACUGUUGGGAGAGGGGUUUUGCAAAUACAUAGUUAUGUGGUGGAGGGAUGAAUAUUAAUCUGCACCAUUUGUGUUGCAUUUAGAAAAACAUUCUUCUCCCUUGUACGGAUGUGCUGGAGAAGAACAGUGCCCUUUAGAUUUUGUCUUGAUCUUUCUCUGGUGAAAAUGUCAUGAUUCUUAUAAGGCAGUACGAUAUUCACAGCUGCAUCUUAUUUGCAGAAAGGCAAUUGUGUUGAGUAUUUCCAGGCUACUUUAUACAGCCACGUGUAGCUUCCAAAUGUAAGGUGUACAAUGCACAAUAGGAACCACUUGUCUGUUACAAAAAUGUAUAUAUAUUUCAAUGUGAUGUUUCUAAGAAAUAAUUUCCUUUGUGAAGGAUUCUGAUUUUAUUGCAGAGGUACUUCGAAAGUUUGUAAGAUAAAACAUUGCACAAAUUUAUUUUUCGUAACUAAAUAUUUGUUCAAAGUCUCCAGAAUGUUUGUCACGAUGAACAUCAACAAUAUUUGUUGCUCACAUUUUAAAGCUUUUAAUUUCUGAAUGUAAUUGAAGUAAGUCAAACUAUAAAGGCAUUUUAUGGGGUAGGUACAGGAAACAAUUACCAAUGUUUACAGUUUUUAAAGUUACAGCGAGUCCAUUCCAGAGUGAAAUCAGAAAUCAUUUUUCCACAUUGGAAUUUGCUCUCCAAAAGAAUGUGGAAAUGUAGGUUAAUUGUUUUUUUUGUUUUUUUUAAUUGCUGAGGUCAACAGACACUUAAAAUGGUAUGGAGCAAAGAUAGGUACAAAUCAGCCAUAGUUAUCUUUAAAAGGCAAAGUUUCUCUGUAGACUUCUCAUGUUGCCAUGUUUCAUAUGUGGUGUGCUCUUGUUCAGGUUUGGGGAAUAGAGAAGCAAUCUUCUCAUGAGUCUCAACCCUGAAGCUUAUUUGUUGCGUUUGCUACAACUCAAGAUCUACCCCUAAAAUUGCUCCCAGUAUCGUUUGCCUUAAGACCUGGCAAAUGUUUUUGGAUUGAGGGUUUGCUGUAUCAGUGACAAAUGACGAUGUGGGGCAAUAUGAUUUGUACCCUGAUGUAACAAAUUGUGACUUGAGGAUGUUAGCAACAGACUGCCAAAAAAUGUUUUAAAUUCCCCUUUGCAGAAUUCCAUUUGCUCUCAUAAAGUCAUUUUUAAAUGUUUUGAAACUGAUGGUGUAAUCAGUGCAUAUUAACUAAUUUAUCCCAAAUAUAUUGAGGAAAUCCUGUGAAGCUUUUUAUUAAGUGCGCUAUAGUUCGGAAGUUCUCUAAAGAUUUCAGUAUGAUCAAAGUUUGCUACUCCAGUUAUAAAAUGGGAUGUGUAUCACUUGUAUUGGCCAGAUUGCUGAUUUAAUAUCUUAACCUGCUACCUUGUAAAGGUGGAAAUAAUCUGCUGUAGUCUUUAUCUUGUACGGUGAUUACAAAAUGGAUACUUAAAUUAUUCUCACAAUUACUAAACUUAGUAUAGAGUUCCUUUGUUGCUUCAUAAUUAAUGCAGAUCUAAGUGCACAAGAUAUUUCAAUAAAGUGAAAUAAGUGGCAUGAAUAGUUUUGUUAAUUCCUUCAUUCCUUUUGUAUGGUUUGAACUAUUAGCAGCAUAACUAAAUUUUACCAAAAGUUGUGCAAAUGAUUUUAGUUUACUUUUUUCCUCACCAGUGUCAAUUUUUUCGUUCAUUAGGCAAUAUCUUUUGGAUUCACACAACGUUCCGUGUUAUCUAAGCAGAAGGUGCAAGGAGACUGUUAUGGUGGCACGCAGAGAGCACAUGCCUUAAGGAGGAGGGUUCGUCUGCUGAGACGGUAUAGGUGAAGCUUAGAAAUGAGAAAGGUUCAACCACUCUAAUGGGAUUGCACUAUAGGCCCACAAAUUGCAAGUAGGAGAUAGAGGAGCAGAUGUGUAGACCGAUUAACGAAACAUGCCAAAGCAAUGGGGUUGUCUUAGUGGGUGGUUUUAACUUUCCCAAUAUUUACCGGGACUUCCUCAGUGCCAACGUCUUUGACGAGGCAGAAUUUGUGAGGUGUAUCCAAGAGAGUUUCCUGAAACAGUAUGUGGAUAGUCCAACCCAAGCAGGUAACAUACUGGACCAUGUGUUGGGAAAUGAGCCUGGUCAGGCGACUAGUGUUUCUGUGAAACAGUAUUUUGGGGCAGGGAAUUACAGCACUUCAUGCCAGUGGUAGGGAAACUAUUGGAGAGGAUUAUUUGGGAUAGGAUUUACUCCCCUUUGGAAGAGAAUGGGUUAAUUAGGGACAGAGCAUCGCUUAAUGAUAAUAUGGCAAUAAAUUAAUAUCUUAACUCAUUUGUCAAAAGAUAUUUCUCUAUUCAAACUCGGCUGCUGUCCGACUAGUUGACGACAGGUCAAUGUCUCCACUUGAUUUGCAAACGUUAGCACACAAUUAUGAUUGGUACACAAAAACAACAAUAGUCUUGCACUUCAGAACUAAAAUGGGUAAUUCAGCUCUUCCAUCAAGCGAUACGCUAUUCAAAUAACACAAGUCAUUGAAGUAAAUUACAAAAUGUGUGUGCGUUUUAAUUGUUUAAAAAAAAGAUGGUGAUACAAGGAACUGCAGAUGUUUGUUUAUUAAAAAAGAGCACAAAGUGCUGGAGUAACUGAGUCAGGAAGUAUCUCAAGGGAAUGGACCGACAUUUUGAGUAGGACCCUUCUUCAGUCUGACUCGAAACAUCACGUGUUCAUGUCCUCCAAAGAUGUUUUCUGACCUGCUGAGUUACUCCAGCACUUUAAAAAAAAAAAGGAUGAUGUUGAUUUAAGGGAAUGAUCUUUUCACCUCGUUUCCAUUGACCAGACUGAUCAGUGUUGUAAUGGCGGACAUCUGCAUGUAGAUAGGACACUCUUUCUGCCUAAACUAGGGAACAGUAGAUUUAAUAUUACUUGUGAAUGAGAAGCAAAAAAGGGGAUACAAAAUCAAACAGUAAAAAAUAAUGAUGCGGGUGUGAAUUUUCACUGCCAUGGGCAGAUUUUAUGCUUUAUGUAUUUUAAUGCUGAUGGUAUAACUCUGAAGUCUGAUUCCAUUAAGAACUAAAGCCAAAAGUGAGCUGCAUUUAUCAAAUGACUUAUUGAGCAUUUCAGAUGGCCGUUCUUCGUACUGGUAACCAUUAAUUGCUGCGCAAUUGCCUUGGUUGCUUUUUGCAUGUUUGGAUAAUUAAAAUGUUCUUGUUUCAUUUAGAUGAUUUAAUAAUACCAAUUAUUAUUUUUUUAGGGGGUGUGGGAAUUUUUCCUUCCUUGACUCUGAGUCAUCUAUGGCCUCUGCUUACUCUGUGCCUGUCACCGUUGUGUUGGAUGUGGUUAAUACUGUGAACUGAGUGGAUUAUUAUUAAAAUCUGGUUCAACCUUGA